UGAAGGACAACUUCCGGUCUGACCCGGAAACACAACAACAGGUGAACGUGCGUGACUCAGACUCCGCAUCCUGCGGUUCCUCGCGGUCGUUUUUCAGAAGCGGCACGUCAAAUUGGCCUCGCGGGAAGAUGGGGUCCGUUCGGUUCUUAUAGCCGAAACAAAGAACGAUCAAACGGGGGCGUUUGAUCCGCGAGCCGCUGAUAACAUCCAGGGAGGCAGCGGCGAGGCGCCAUGGGGAACCAGCUGGCGGGCAUCGCCCCCUCGCAGAUCCUCUCCGUGGACAGCUAUUUCUCUGACAUCCACGACCACGAGUACGACAAGAGUCUGGGCAGCACGCGCUUCUUCAAGGUGGCGCGGGCGAAGCACCGGGAAGGCCUGGUUGUGGUGAAGGUGUUCGCCAUCCAGGACCCCUCGCUGCCGCUGACCAGCUACAAGCAGGAGGUGGAGGAGCUGAAGAUCCGGCUGCACUCCUGCCAGAACUGCCUGCCCUUCCAGAAGGCCAACCUGACGGAGAAAGCUGCCAUCCUGUUCCGCCAGUACGUCCGGGACAACCUGUACGACCGCAUCAGCACGCGGCCCUUCCUCAACAACGUGGAGAAGCGCUGGUUGGCCUUCCAGAUCCUCAGCGCCGUGGACCAGGCGCACAAGGCCGGCGUUCGCCACGGCGACAUCAAGACGGAGAACGUGAUGGUGACCAGCUGGAACUGGGUCCUGCUCAGCGACUUUGCCAGCUUCAAGCCCACCUUCCUGCCGGAGGACAACCCCGCCGACUUCAACUACUUCUUUGACACGUCCAGACGCCGCACGUGCUACAUCGCCCCCGAGAGGUUCGUGGACGGGAGCAUGUUCGCCACGGAGAGCGACCAGAACACGCCGCUGGUGGACCUGACCAACAACAACCAGCGGAGCCGGGGGGAGCUCAGGCAGGCCAUGGACAUCUUCUCUGCAGGUUGCGUGAUCGCGGAGCUCUUCACGGAGGGCGUUCCUCUCUUCGACCUGUCCCAGCUGCUGGCGUACCGGAAAGGCCUCUUCCAGACGGAGCAGGUCCUCCAGAAGAUCGAGGACCUGAGCAUCAGGGAGCUGGUGGCUCAGAUGGUUCAGCGGGAGCCGGAGAAACGGCUGACGGCAGAGGAGUACCUGAAGCAGCAGAGGGGCGGAGCCUUUCCUGACAUCUUCUACACCUUCCUGCAGCCCUACAUGGCUCAGUUUGCCAAAGAGGCUUUUCAGUCGGCCGAAGAGCGAGUCCUGGUGAUCCGCAAAGACCUGGACAACAUCCUGCACAACCUGCGAGGGGGCUCCUCCUCUUCCUCUUCAGAAGGUGGCGAUGGCGUGCCGAGCUCCCGGGAGGAGCAGGGCCUGCUGGUGCUGGUGUCCGUCAUCACCUCCUGCCUGCAGUCGCUGCACUCCUGCGACUCCAAGCUGGCGGCGCUGGAGCUGGUUCUGCACCUGGGCCCGCGGCUCAACGUGGACAUCCUGCUGGACCGCAUCACGCCGUACCUGCUGCACUUCUGCAACGACCACGUGCCCCGCGUGCGCGCUCAGGCCAUCCGCACCCUGACCAAGGUGCUGGCGCUGGUGAAGGAGGUGCCGCGGAACGACAUCAACAUCUACCCCGAGUACAUCCUGCCCGGCAUCGCACACCUGGCCCAGGACGACGCCACCAUCGUCCGGCUGGCGUACGCAGAAAACAUCGCUCACCUGGCGGAGAGCGCGCUCCGCUUCCUGGAGCUGGUUCAGGAGAACGUCAACUCGGAGCAGGACCAGAGCGGCGAGGACGGCGAGGAGAACAACCACCCCAGCGACAACUAUGACUCGGAGCUGCAGGCGCUGCACGAGAUGGUGCAGCAGAAGGUGGUGACGCUGCUGAGCGACCCCGAGAACAUCGUCAAGCAGUCGCUGAUGGACAGCGGCAUCACGCGCCUCUGCGUCUUCUUCGGCCGGCAGAAGGCCAACGACGUGCUGCUGUCCCACAUGAUCACCUUCCUGAACGACAAGAACGACUGGCACCUGCGGGGGGCCUUCUUCGACAGCAUCGUGGGCGUGGCGGCGUACGUGGGCUGGCAGAGCUCCUCCAUCCUGAAGCCCCUCCUCCAGCAGGGCCUGAGCGACACGGAGGAGUUCGUCAUCUACAAGGCGCUGAACGCGCUGACCGCCAUGUGCCAGCUGGGGCUGCUGCAGAAGCCGCACAUCUACGAGUUCGUCAGCGACAUCGCUCCCUUCCUGUGCCACCCCAACCUGUGGAUCCGGUACGGCGCCGUGGGCUUCGUCACCGUCGUGGCUCAGCACCUGAACGUGGCCGACAUCUACUGCAAGCUGAUGCCCCACCUCAACCCCUUCCUGACCCAGCCCAUCAUCCAGAUCGAUAAGGAGCUGGUCCUCCUCAGCGUGCUGAAGGAGCCGGUGAGCCGCUCCAUCUUCGACUACGCGCUGCGCUCCAGAGACAUCGGCAGCCUCUUCAGGCACCUGCUGCUGCGCCAGAAGAAGCGCUGCGGCGCCAUCCCAGAAUGCCCCGCCCCCGAGGAUCCGCCCAUCGCCCAGCUCCUGAAGAAGCUGCUGUCGCAGGGAAUGACGGAGGCCGAGGAGGACAAGCUGCUGGCGCUGAAGGACUUCAUGCUGAAGUCCAACAAGGCCAAAGCCAACAUGGGCGAGCAGAACCACCAGGGGGACUCGGCCCAGAACGGCGUCAUUGACCUGGCCACGCUCGGCAUCAUGGGCCGGCAGGUGGAUCUGGUGAAACCCAAAGCCGAGGCUGAGGAGAAGAAAGCCCGGAAGCAAACCAAGCAGGACUCCACCAUGAACGAGGAGUGGAAGAGCAUGUUCGGGUCUCAGGAGCCGCCGGCCGCCCAGCCCGCCGCCGCCACUGACGGGCUCGUGGGUCAGAGCAAGAAGAGUGUCGUCGCUCCGACGACCCCCACGCCACAUUUGGGGCUUGGUGGCCCCGCCUACCAGCGCCGCAUGAACACCUGCAAGGCGGAGCUUCAGCAGCUGGUGCAGCAGAAGAGGGAGCAGUGCAGCGCCGAGCGCAUGGCCAAGAAGAUGAUGGAGAGCGCCGAGUGGGAGAGCCGGCCCCCCCCGCCAGGGUGGCACCCCAAAGGCCUGCUGGUGGCUCACCUGCACGAGCACAAGGCCGCCGUCAACCGCAUCCGCGUCUCUGACGAGCACGCCAUCUUCGCCACGGCGUCCAACGACGGCACCGUCAAGGUGUGGGACAGCCAGAAGAUGGAGGGCAAGACCACCACCACCAGGUCGGUGUUGACGUAUGCCCGCGUGGGGGGUCACGUGAAGACGCUCACCUUCUGUCAGGGCUCGCACUACUUAGCCGUGGCGUCGGACAGCGGCACCAUCCAGCUGCUCGCCGUGGAGGCCAACAAGCCGCCCAAGUCCCCCAAAGUGCAGCCGUACCAGACCAGGACCCUGGACCUGCAGGAGGACGGCUGCGCCGUGGACGUCCACCACUUCAACUCGGGCACUCAGUCCGUGCUGGCGUACGCCACCGUCAACGGCUCGCUGGUGGGCUGGGACCUCCGCUCCAACAGCAACGCCUGGACGCUGCGCCACGACCUGCGGCUCGGACUCAUCACCUCCUUCUGCGUGGACAUGCACCAGUGCUGGCUCUGCUUAGGAACGAGCAGUGGCACCAUGGCAUGCUGGGAUAUGCGGUUCCAGCUACCCAUCUCCAACCACUCCCACCCGGCCCGCGCGAGGGUCCGCCGCCUGCUGAUGCACCCGCUGUACCAGUCCUCCGUGAUCGCAGCGGUGCAGGGAAACAACGAAGUGUCCAUGUGGGAUUUAGAGACUGGAGACCGAAAGUUCACCCUGUGGGCCAGUUCUGCCCCGCCGCUCUCUGAGAUGCAGCCGUCUCCUCACAGCGUUCAUGGGAUCUACUGCAGCCCGGCUGAUGGGAAUCCUCUGCUGUUGACGGCCGGUUCUGACAUGAGGAUCAGGUUCUGGGACCUGGCGUAUCCAGAGAGGUCUUACAUCGUGGCGGGCGGGGCCAACGACUCUCUGCACUGUCCGUCCGUCUUCUACAGCCGCAAGAUCAUCGAAGGGACCGAGGUGGUCCAGGAGAUCCACAGCAAGCAAAAGAGCGGCGCCGCCGAGGACUCGCCCCGCCGCGGCCCGGAGUCCCUCCCUGUGGGUCAUCAUGACAUCAUCACGGACAUCGCCACCUUCCAGACCACGCAGGGCUUCAUCGUCACCUCGUCCAGAGACGGCAUCGUCAAGGUGUGGAAGUGAGCGGGCCACACCCGCCGGUCCUGCGGAUCAGAACCUCCCACCCAGAAGCUCUCCUGCAUCUCAGCUGCAGCUGCUGCAGAACCGAUGGGAUCAGGCGGACCGGAUCCCUUCGGUUCUGCAGUGUGUUCCAAGUCAGUUUAAUGGUGUGUGAACCUUUAGAGCAUCAAGUUCAGACUGGCGUCUGCAUUAACCGGGUCAGAGUCUGCCGUCUGCGCAGAAGAAGCGGCGUGUCUGAGGGGACUUGAACGCCUCGCCGUGAUGAAAAUGACACAUUCACUGACAUUCAGACUCGUUACAGAAACGUUUAUUUGGCUUCAGUUUCAUUCUUCCAACCGACACAGAGGUUCUGAAGGGUCAACAGUUCUGGUUUCCUCUGACCCACAUUGACCAGCGUCAGGUUCUGAAGCUGCAAUAAAAGCCCAUAUCUGAC